UCCGCGUCCGUCAACAUCCCACUUAACGUUUAUUGCUUUUUUUUGCUUUAGUUGUUCGGUUUUUUGGUCAUAGCUACGAAGGCUUCUCGGCUCAACUCUCGGCUCGGCUUCGUAAACAACACUUGGCCAUUUAUCACAAUUUGAAAUCCGCCAUUACACAAACACGAAACGGGAGCAGAGCAGAGUAGAGCGACGAUAUUAUUAUCCACCCAGCGGCGACGACAUCGAUACCAACACCAGCAAAAGCAACAACAACAACGUCGUAAAACAGGCGCGCGCGUGUUCGUCGUCGUGGCAGCCCCUCACACACACAAAUGGAUUGACACUCACGCAUACCAAGAAGACAGACUCACAUCGGCUCCAUCCAACUCUUCCGCCCAACCGCCCCAUCCCCAACAGAAAAAGUUCGGCUCGCUUCGGUUUUCGUGAUCGUGCUCUCGUUCUCGUCCGCGCGUUCGUGUCCAACAGCGACGUUGACAGCGACGCUGACAGCGACCGCAGCAGCGACAGCAGCAGCAACAGCAACAGCAACAAACAUUAACAUUCAGGGACAACGACAACACGGCGACGGCGUCUGCGUCGACAUCCCUACGUUUCAGUUCUGAUUGGAGGUUCGUGCGCCGCCGUUGUUUGCACGCGGCACAAUUGCUCAGCUCUCAGCUCAGCUGUGUGGAUUGUAUUUUAUUAGUUGAAUUUCAAUUCCGUUUUUUGUGCUGUUCUCGUUCGCCUUCAACAACUGAUUUGUUAACAUCCCGUGCUUUCUGUGUAUACAAUUCCAAAAUUUGUUGUCUAUGAUUUUUAAUUCUUUCGCAACAACAAUAAUUCAUGAUAAUAACAGAAGAAAAUCGAAGAAACCCAAACUUAGACAACUUCAGUGCCUUCCAAAAGUGCUUCAAGUGCUAACAACAGUUUUUUUGCAAAAAACUUUCUAUCAACAACAAAUCAAAUCAAAUACAAAAAAAAAUAAACCGCAAGCGGAUUACUAAAGCUUCCAAGAAACGCAUUAUUUGAUAUUAUCGUCAAAAUGUCAACGUGUUGAGCACUAACUACAAAAAAAAAAAAAAAAAACAAAAACUGAGAUAAAGGACGUCAAGGAUAUUAAGUAAAACAUUUGUUUUGAAAACAUUUGCAUGCAAUACUAUUUAAAACGGAACUGUGUGUUUUCCGGCUGAUACGCUAUAAACAUAAAUUUAUCAAAAAUUCGAAACACACAAAAACGGCUUCCAAAUGAAGAUGGCAUCUCAACGGUUUUGUUUGCGCUGGAACAAUCAUCAGAGCAAUCUGCUGUCUGUCUUCGAUCAGCUGCUGCACGCCGAAACAUUCACAGAUGUCACGCUCGCCGUCGAGGGACAAUAUCUCAAAGCACACAAGAUGGUGCUCUCCGCCUGCAGUCCAUAUUUUAAUGCACUGUUUGUCAAUCAUCCGGAAAAACAUCCGAUUGUCAUACUCAAAGAUGUGCCGUAUUCGGAUAUGAAAUCGCUGCUCGAUUUCAUGUAUCGCGGUGAAGUUAGCGUAGAUCAGGAGCGUCUCACAGCGUUUUUACGUGUGGCCGAAAGUUUGCGCAUCAAAGGAUUAACCGAGGUGAACGAUGAUAAGCCCACAGCAGCGGAAAAUGCGCCGGCGCCGCCACAAUUGCAACGCAUCCAACCGUAUUUGGUGCCGCAGCAACAGCAGCAGCAACGCAAGCAGAAUGCCAAUGUGCUGGCCGCAAAUGCAGCUGCAGCCGCGUUGCAAGCUGCCACACAGCAACAACAACAACAGCAGCAGCAACAACAAACCUCGCUGCUAAGUUCUGCCCUGAUGCCAAAGCGUAAACGUGGCAGGCCUCGCAAACUAUCGGGCAGCUCAAAUGGCACUGGCAACGACUACGAUGAAUACGAACGCGAUGGUCUGAUGAAUGACUCGGAUAUGGGCAACGGCAAGCUGGGCAAUGAAUCAUAUUCUGGCAACGAUGAUGGCUCCGAUGACAAUCAACAAGAUGCUGGCCACCAUGAUGAUCUAAAUGAAAGUCGCGACUCGCUGCCCUCGAAGAGAUCAAAGAGCGGGAAAGAUCAGCGCAUGGCACAACAGCAACAACAACAGCAGCAGCAACAACAACACGACGACAACAGCACUUCCGAUGGCAACGAAAGCGAUGGCGAGGGAAUGGACACAUCAUACAUGGAACCUCAGCUGAUGCUCGACGAAUACGACGAACCCGUGGAAUUCAAAUACAAUCCGCUCACGGACAACAACAGCUCACCCACGCAGGAUCAAUCAGGCGCCGCUGGAUCUGAAAGUGGCAGUCAUCACUUGCAGGAGCAGGCGAGACAGCAGGCCUUCCUGAUUGCCGCCCAGCGUAAGCAUCAAGCGGACACCGCUGCGGCGCUGGCGGUGAACACUGGCGGAGCACUUAAGUUGAACAUAAUUGGAGUGUCGGGCGCUGGGGGCAGCGGCAGUGGCAAGUCCAUGGUUAGCAUUCCCAAAUUGACGCCCAUUGGCAAAGUGAAUGCCGCCUCGACGCCGCUCGUCUCGCCCGCAUCGUCGUCAUCGUCGAAGCCGCGCGCCCAGAAGCGACCCAAGCUCAAGCAGCAGAAUGGCGAUGUGAAGAAUGCGUACGCAUCGGCUGGACAGGAGUACCUCGAUAUGUACAACAGCAGCAGCGAUGGCUUCAAGCUCAAGUCCGAGCUGCUCGGCGGCAGCACGCCAAAUUUGAGCAGCAGCAGUGCCGGAGGCGGUGGCGGAGGAGGGCUGGGCGUAACGCCAGCGGUGAAGACCAAACUCAAUCUCAGCAGCAACAUUGGCGAGGGCGAGACGGAGGGAUCGGUGCGCGACUAUUGUACCAAAGAGGGCGAGCACACGUAUCGUUGCAAGGUGUGUUCGCGUGUCUACACGCACAUCAGCAACUUCUGUCGCCACUAUGUGACCUCGCACAAGCGCAACGUCAAGGUGUAUCCGUGUCCGUUCUGCUUCAAGGAGUUCACGCGCAAGGACAACAUGACGGCGCACGUCAAGAUCAUCCAUAAGAUUGAGAAUCCAUCGACUGCGUUGGCCAGCGUCGCAGCGGCAACGUUGGCCAAUCAAUCGGCGGGCACAACGCCAACGCCACCGGAUCUAAAUGCGCAGAGUUCGAAUCAAUCGCUGCCAGCGUCCGGCAACAAUGCGUUAUCCACCUCAUCAUCGUCGUCCACAUCGUCAUCGAGCGGCUCGCUCGGUCCGCUGACAACGGCAGCAGCGGCAGCUGCCGCAGCGCAAUAAGAACAGCAAGAGCAUAGUAUGAAAACAACUCAGCUUUGCUUGCUGCUGCAACACACACACACACAUAGACACAAUCAACAAAACAAUAAGCCGCAUAUUCCAAAAGAGAUAAAUACUUUGAUGAUGGGCAGAAAACAGAAAAAAGGCAGCGCCAGGCGCAAAGUGUGCCUUCUUCUAAAUGGGCGGGGCAAAAAUAUCAUAGGCUAUGGGGACUCUUGGGGGGAUUGCAGAGGCAGUUAACAUUAACAUUUCACAUACAAAAUGAAACGAAAAAAGAAAAAUAUGGAUAAAAAAAAUUGUUAAUUUUUGUUUUUUAGUUAUUUACACACACAGACACAGACAAGGCUUUUUCUUUGCUCUUCUCCCACGCUGUUGAGCAAUUUUUGUUUCUCAAAUUUCUCCCUCACAAUAAUAAUGAAUGCUUUUAUUUUUUAUUAUUAUUAUUAUCAUUAUUUUUUAUAAUUUUUUUUUAAAAUGAUUUAUAUUUUUUUGUUUGUAUUAUUCAUACACAUGUUGUGCAAUUAUUUUCGAUUUCGAAUCCGGUUUCGAACUAGUUUUUAUCAUCCACAAUAAACCAUAACAAUAAUAAUAAAAAAAAUAAAAAAUGCUAGUGUCUUCUGCGUCUCGCAAUUGACAGAAUACCAAUCUAUAAAUACCAAUUAGGAUAACUAAUAUCGUUAAUAUCAAAAUAUACUAUAUAUUUAGUAUAUUUAGUAUAUUCAUUCAUUAUUUUAUUAAUAAUUUCAUAUAUUAAAAGUGUUACUAUUCGACAUUUUUAUUUUGCACACACGCAGCGGCCUUAUAAAGAAUGCAAACCACACAAUAAAAAAAAAAACAAAACAAAAUAACUAAAAAAGAUGAGCACUUUUAGUUAAUGACAAGCAAAAAUACUAAAUUUUUUAUACAUAUAUUUACUUAGUUAUAGAAACACAAACACACAUAAAUAUGAAUAUCUAAAUAUUGUCUUUGGUAUGCGCGUAGCUAUAGUUCUAUUAUUUAAUUAAUAUAUAUAUAUACCAAUCUCUUGAUAUAUAUAUAUGCUGAACAACAUUAUGAUUAUCAUAUUGUUUUACGUUUAAAUGUUAAUGUUAAUGUUAAUCAUGUAAUUUGUGUGAAUCGUGCGAGCGGAGGGAGAACGCAGAUCUACCUUGUUGCCUUCAAAUGAAGCUAGUUAAAAGAUGAGAAACGGGGGCGGCAGCAUUGUCAAUCAAUGCACUCAAUGCUCCCCCUAAAUCAAUCAAUCAACCAAUCAAUCAAACACACACACAUACACACACUGAAACACACAAUUCGGGGCGAGGGAUUGCAAAUGUUUCGUAUCUGAAUUGUGGGUUCAAAAUGUUAAUAAAACUCUAAUUGUAAAAUCAACAAUAAUAUACAUAAUAUAUCAAUAUAUAUAUAUAUACAAUAUUAUUAAUAAUGUUUUACAAUUACGAUAUGGUUACAUAAACAUAACAUAACAUAAUAACUAACGUAGUCUAAACAAAACCAACAACUAUGCAAAUAAUUUAUCAAUUUAUUACAACUAUAAAUAAUUAUACAAUUUACAAUUAAAAACGUAAAAUUUAUGUUGUAUAUCGGAGGCUUAAAUUAUCGCCAAAGAAACGAAGCAAAACAAAAGAAAACAAAACAAACACACACACAAAAAUACGAAAAAUACAAAAGAAAAUAAUAAUAAUAUGAUAUGUAUGUAAAUUCGACAACAGAGCAACAAGAGAAACAAUUAACGCAAAGCAAAAGCAAAAAGAAUAAACACGAUCUCCAAGAAAAAACAAAAAAA